CCUCGGCGAGGCGGUGCGUCUUGACGGCGGUGCUUCAGCGUGGUGCGCGCAGACGUUCAACAAAACACCGUUACAUUUGUAGUUUGGGAUCUAAAAAUAACUCGUAACAGCUAAUAAACUUGAGCUUUCCGCUACUAACAAAAAUUCCCGGUGGUUUUGGUGAUGGUUUGGAUAUGAAUUUUCUCCUGGGAUUUCGGUCGGAUUCGUUGUCUUAUAAGUAGUGAUUCCGGUUCAGUGGGAAGGUUUGAACUGUUCUCCCUGGAAAGUGACCAUUGUUGAAAUCAGGUCAAGGCUGCUAUCAUUCCUACUUGCUGACUUUCUUACUUUUUUACGGAUUUACAGCAAAAGGUGCAAGCUUUUUAGAGUGUCAUGAAAGAAAUGUCAAGCGCCAUGCCUGGUGGGCAGCAGCCGCAGAAACAUUACGGCAUCACCUCUGCCAUCAGCCUGGCACCUCCUAGAGAAAUAGAUCAUCUGUACACCAAGAAGCUCUGCGAUGCCAUGAAACCGUUCGGUGUGUUUGAGGAUGAAGAGGAGCUGAACCACAGACUCGCUGUUCUCGGGAAGUUAAACAACCUUGUUAAAGAGUGGAUCGCAGAAAUCAGUGAACUAAAGAACCUUCCACCAUCAGCCAUUAGCUGUGUCGGCGGCAAGAUAUUUACGUUUGGUUCAUACAGACUAGGAGUGCACACAAAGGGAGCUGAUAUUGAUGCCUUGUGUGUGGCACCGCGUCACGUAGAAAGAACCGACUUCUUCCAGUCUUUCUUUGAGAAAUUGAAACAGCACGAAGAGAUUAAAGAUCUCCGGGCCGUUGAAGACGCCUUUGUACCGGUGAUAAAAUUCAAAUUUGACGGGAUUGAGAUCGACUUGCUUUUUGCCAGAUUGGCACUUCAGUCCAUCCCAGACAACCUGGACCUGAGAGGGGACUCUAUUCUAAAAAACUUGGACAUUCGCUGCAUCCGCAGCCUCAACGGUUGUCGAGUAACUGAUGAAAUUUUGUACUUGGUGCCAAACAAAGAAAACUUCAGGUUGACACUGAGAGCCAUCAAACUUUGGGCCAAACGUCGAGGGAUCUAUUCCAACAUCCUGGGCUUUCUGGGUGGAGUUUCUUGGGCCAUGUUGGUGGCCAGGACCUGCCAGCUCUACCCCAACGCCGUCGCUGCCACACUCGUCCACAAGUUCUUCUUGGUCUUCUCAAAAUGGGAGUGGCCAAAUCCUGUAUUGUUAAAACAGCCUGAGGACAGUAAUCUGAACUUACCUGUGUGGGAUCCUAGAGUGAAUCCAUCUGACAGGUACCACCUGAUGCCCAUCAUCACUCCAGCUUACCCCCAGCAGAAUUCCACCUACAACGUUUCCACUUCAACACGCACCAUCAUGACUGAGGAAUUCAAACACGGUCUCAGUGUCACCGAUGAGAUCCUUCAAGGUAAAGCGGAAUGGCCGAAGCUCUUUGAGCCGCCCAGCUUUUUCCAAAAGUACAAGCAUUACAUUGUUCUUACUGCCAGUGCAUCUACAGAAGAAAACCACUUAGAAUGGAUCGGACUCGUCGAGUCAAAGAUCCGCGUUCUGGUUGGAAACCUUGAGAGGAAUGAGUUCAUAACACUGGCUCACGUCAACUCCCAGUCCUUCCCUGGUUUCAAAGAGACCACCGAAAAUGACUUUGUUUCCAUGUGGUUCAUUGGAAUCAUCUUCAAAAAGGUGGAGAACGCAGAGAGCGUUAAUAUUGACCUAACGUUCGACAUCCAGUCCUUCACUGACACCGUUUAUAGGCAAGCCAACAACAUCAAUAUGCUGAAGGACGGGAUGAAGAUCGAAGCGACACAUGUGAAGAAGAAACAGCUGCAUCAGUACCUCCCUCCUGAACUGGUGCAGAGAAAGAAACGGAGCAUAGCAGAGUUGAACCGUAGCUCCAACAGUGAAAGCUCGAAGCGGAUCUCUCUGGACGGCAGUGCCCUGGACAGCUCCAGAGAGACGGACUCGGGGACCCCCUUCAGUUCUCCCAACAGCAAAGCCCCUCCGUCUGAAACGAACGAAGGAGUCAGCCCCCCCAAGAAGAUCUUUGUAGAGGACUCCCCAACACCAAGCACAACCACUGCCGCCAACGAGCCGGGCUUGUCCAUCCCGGUCAUCGGCUCAAAGCCUCCUGGUAAAGCGAAGCCUGCUUCUCCUCCUCCUGCCAGCACCUCAACCACCACAGUCCUGAGUGAGGAUGUGACGCCCAGCGCCACCAGCAGUCCCAAAGAGGAACCCAACGGCCUCAUCAAUGGAGCCCCUGCCAAGAGACCACACUCCCCCACGCAAGAGGAGGCGGCCAAGAGACACAAAGAUCAGCCGGCCUUGAAUGACGACUGUAUAUUUAAAGAGCCAUAUCCUCCAUCGUCGGAAACCAAUCCACACGGAGACGCGCCAAGUACUCCUCCUCAGCCUGAAGUAAAAGCAAAACCCAUUCCAACAAUCGAUACCUCAAGAACACAGAGACUUCCCAGCAUGGAGCUGCCAGAUGCGUCAUCGCCCCUCCCGGCCAGCAACAGCUGUCGUGUUGUUAAAAAUUCCAUCAAACUGGCCCUCAACCGCACCAACAUGACGCCUCCCAAACCCCCUGUGUUUGAUGGCGCCCUUACUACUGAGGCUCCUCCCACCAGCGAAGAGAAAGGCAUGUCCAUCCCUGUCAUUGGUUCAAAACACGCGGCGUCCAAACACGUGACUCCCCCCGUCGGCAGCUCCAUCCCCACUCUAGUGAGCAGAGUUGCCGACCCCUUGAACGGAGCGGCGUCUAAGCGACCCCACUCUCCCGCUCUGGAGGAACAAACCAAGAGGCUGAAAGAAACGGAGAAAGACAGAAUCCACACAUCUUGAAGACACGACAAACAAACUGGAUCCAGACCCGGUUUCACAGUCAAGUCACACAGCAAGAGGAUGAGUCCACACGGGGACGAGACGCUUGUCCAGGUCUGUCAGUCUGACACAUGACACAGCAGGACAGACACCUCACCUCAGAUCAUUCAGAGAUUCCAGACUGGCCUGUGGACGGGGGGUUCAGUGCUGUCAGAGACGGGACACGAGAACUACAGCAGCAGGUUUUUUUAUUCAGCUCCUCCCUUUUCUCCGAGUUCAAACAAAAGACGAGCUGUUCUUUAUGCCAUUCUUCUUUUUACCCCAAAAUAACAUGUUCUAAAAAUAGCCCAGCUUGCUGUCCAAAUCUUUGGUGUGAGCUGUUUUUGUUUUUCUCUUACAAAAGUCUAUUCUGUAAAUGUUGAUGUACAUAAGUUUUGUCUUUGGGGGAAAACAAGAACACUGUUGAGUCUUUUGAUCAUUCUACUGCAGUUUUAUCUAAAGAGGAAAAAGUUUAAAAAAAUAUGAUUUAGUUUCUUUAUUUUGUUGUUUUUCUUUUGUUUUUCUGCUGCUUGUCAAACACAAAGUGUCUCCACGUCUGGGGACAUUUUGUGGACACUGUAUAGGUUCAGAUACAGUUGCAGAUGGAGAACAUUGAGGGUUUGAUUUGAUGUGACAGGAAGCAGAAACGGGCUUUGGACCUGCUCGGCUCCGGCUCCAGGUUAGUAUUGGUGUUGCUAGAAUCCAGCUGAUCCACGUCUGGUCCGGUGCUGGUAAGACCCAGGAAAGUCAUCUUCACCACAACGAGAAUUGAUGCGUUUUUAUCUUGUUCAUGUGAGAACCAGACUAGAACUGUGCGUAUCUUCUCUCUCCAGCAGAAGUUCUUGUUGCGCAUCUGGUUCGGUGAGUUCUCUGCCUACUCGUUACUGCAACGUGAGACCUUUUAGGAACGUGUUGGAACCAUGUGGGCCUUUCUGAUAUCACUAGAGUUAAACACAAACCUACGGAUACAAAUUAGAAAUACAGGCGGAGCACCCCCAUCACCACCACCAUCACCACACACCCUUCACCCCAAGCUGUACCUGGUCAUCAGCACAUCUCAGAUCCACCAUAAAGUUGUGUUUGGUGAGAAAAAUGGAUAGUUUGAAUGUUUUUUGAGAAGUUUUUUGAGUGCGCGUGUCAGAGAGAAUGAAAUCCCUGUUUUGGGUGUUUGGCCCUCUGUGCCUCCUGUGGAGGUUCUUAAAACAUGUUUCAGAUGGUGGUGGUGGUGGUGGUGGCCCUGCCCUAACCCAUUCAUCUCAACCCAAAGGACGAACGUGUCCAGCGCUGUGUACAGGGAUACUGAGGCUCCUUUCCCGUUCAGACAGGUAGAAACACAACGUGAGCUCUUCUCCCCAGAAUCGGUUUUCCCAAACUAAGUGUACAGAGGGCAUUUUUUCCUAAAAAGACAGUUUUUUUUUCUUUUGAGUUUUUUUUUUUUUUUUCAUUAUUGGGGGUUUCUUAUCUCUUUAUUUAUAUUUGUACCAUGUGACCUUUUGUUUUAAUAGCAUACAUAGCUUUUUGAACAAAUUCAGCAUCACUGAUUCAGAUUCACUCAUUUUGCUGUUUGGAAACAUUUAGAUGUUUGUUUCUAAAAUGUAUCAAAAGGGUAUUUUUGUAUGUGUUUAUCACUUCCUUUAAAUGAAUCCAUACAUUCAUUAAACCCCUAAAAACAAAUCUGUGUUUUUUAUUGUUUAGUUAACUAUUUCAUUAAAGAACUGACUGCUCAGUGGA